AUGGGACAAAAUCCUUUAUGGGGAUUUAUUUGGGUUCAACGAACUAUAGUACCGGUAAAUCUUCCAGCUGUAAAUAGAAGAGCAGAAACUUUUCCAAACAAAAGAACUGUAAAAAAAGCAUGGCAGGCGGCCUGGUUAUUGAGAGCAACAACAUGUAUUGAUUUAACGACUUUAUCAGGAGAUGACACUUUUUCAAACCUACAAAGACUUUGCUAUAAAGCUCAACAUCCAAUCAGAGAUGAUUUAAUUGAAGCUUUCGACAUGAAGAAUGCUGGUGAGAUAUUGCUUUGCAAGUUUUCUGUUUCUGAAUAUUCAGUCUAGGACAGUGGUUCUCAAACUUUUUGAGAAACGCCCCCUUUUUAGAAUUUGUCAA